AUGGGAAAUACGCACAGUAGCAGUGGUGAAAAAGGAUCGGGUUCGAACAGCCCAUCGAAAUCCAAGGGCAGCAUGGCUGGUGAUCAGAAACAUCCGAAUGGCAGUUCCACGGCAACGUCAAUGGCUGCUGCGGUUGCCCGUGGCAUGACCCGUACCGCAAGUGGAGCGGACAUACAGGACCGUUCCCAGGCGCAGUUUCAACCGGUGGACAAGCUCGGUCGAAUAUUGGCGAAAAAGGCCGAGGAACAGCACGGCAUCCACGGUGUUACGGGGGAUGUGUUUGCGCGCUACGUGUUUCCCAAAUAUCCCGAUCUCGGGCUCAAAUUGUUUCGCUAUCUACGGUUUAUGAGCCACGCCAAAACGGACCACCUGGGGCUGGUUGCAUUCCGACAGCAGUGCGAAAAGUUUCUCGCCCUCCUCGACGACUCGGUCAUCUUGGAGAGCUACGUGCGCAUGUUUGGUGAUUUGAACGAGAGCGAGCUGAUUAAACCGGAUAAUUUGCGAAAUCUACUACGCACCUGCUACAAUCUUGCGAUGGCGCACUACUCCGACGGGCCGCAGACGUGCCGAUUGCUCAAUCGAACGCUCGAUUCCGUCGUGCAAUCGUGUUUCUUUUCGAAAGAAUCGCUCAGCCCCGGUUACAUCUGCCGGUGGUUAGAGAACAACGUACCUCGUCUGGUGCCACCGAUUCAUAAAUACUGCGUACACGCACUUAGCACCUCCCACCGGACGAUCAUUGACAGCAGUAUGGCGAACAACAGUGAAACGGUUGUCUCGAUCAGUGCCAUCAACGCGGGCGAAGCGAGCUAUGGGCUCGAGCUGCAAACGCCCAUACUCGAAAAGGCGAACCCGUUCGGGAAGGAUCUGGGGAUCGGCAGUGCCGCAGGACCGGGUGGACCAGCUGGUGGUGCGAUGCCACGGGAACCAGGCAAACCAUUGACGGAUGAAGAACGCGAACGGUUGAAAAACCAACAACCAUUGUUGCCUCUCUCCGAAGCUUGGUUGCUGGCUGGUUCCCUGCCUCCAAUGUACAGCAAACCGCAAUCCAAACCUGCGCCAUUAAAUCCCAACUCGGCUAACCUUACGUCGCAUAUUUUCCUGGCGAAGCUUCUGUCCCUCGUGCCGUCCCACUGGACGUCCCUGUACGAUUCCAGGCUAGAUGGGUCGGGUACAAAUCGCUUCCUGCAUCACGUGCUCGGGUACCGUGGCCCAAACCUGAUUCUGUUUCGGUGCGAGGACGAUCUGUUGUUCUGUGUGGCUAAUCCAACCGAGUGGCGUGAAACGCAUCUUUACGUUGGCGACGAGGAUAGUUGCUGUUUGCAGUUGCUUCCAAAGUUUCUGAUGUUAGAGAAGAAACCGAAAAGCCUCUACUUGAACACGCACAUCCGAGGGUACCCGAAGGGGUUGCGGGCCGGUUCCGACCCUCGGAAGCCGAUCCUCAUCAUUGACGAGCACUUCGAGCGGCUCGAAUACCGCUCGCUGCAGCACAAGAUUCUGUCCAUUGAGGUGUGGGGUUGUGGCAACCAGCAGCAGCGCGACGUGCAGCUCGACAUCAAAAAGUGGCAGAUCAAGGAAGCGGAACGGCAGCGAACGGUAAAGAUGACUGCCGCCGACUGGAUGGACCAUCCGGAUCGAUAUCUGCUUGAGCUCGGCGGUCGUCAGAAUUACAACAACUCAUCAACGUAAUCGUUUGCGGGAACCGGAAAGCGGACGGUGUUUCAAGCGCCGAAGUAUUCUCCGUAAGUUAGCAUCGCCGAAGAAAGUGUAUCACGAAACGAACAGAAUUCCACAUAGGUCCGGUAGAUUUCAAUUUCUAAGCUAGUACUUGAGGAAACGCAAGAGUGGGCGGUGUACUUAAGUUUUCAUUUGUGUUACUUAUAUCCACACGAACCUUUUUGAUUGGGGCAAUAACAUCAUCCAUAACAGUUUCAUUCAAGCACUGCUAGUGAUAUAGACGAAUUAGACAGGAGAUUUUGUAGGGAAAAAAACAAAUUAGUGAUAUCAUGCUAGGGAUAUUCCAUGCUUGUUAUUUUGGCAAUCACUUAGAUUUCUAUUAUCAUAUUUUGUAUAUCAUACUCUCGCGUGCUCAUCCCGUAUUCAACUUAACCCUUGGUGCUAGAAAGGAUGACGGAGAGAACCGCCGGUGUAAGCAUCCAUUCGCAUACAAUUUCGUUUUAAAAUGUGUGUACUUAGUUUAUCUUGAACAUACGUUUUCGGACCAGCCAUUGUGAGGCGGCACAGUCACCAAUCACCCAUUAUGUAGUUUUGUUUUUUUUAUUGCAUGUUUUGCUCAAUAUCGUAGACGGUAUGACAAAAGGAUGGUUUGACCAUUUUUAAUAGACACAAUUCAAUUCACUAUUUAUGGUUAUAAAAAUGUUCGCCAACUGUUAACCCGAUUCAAUAACGAUUGCAAUAACGCCGCUGCUGGUGCUUUGUUUUCAAAGGAGCCAAUUUCAUGCUCUUUGAAAGCGUUUCGUCGCAUGAGAUAUUUUGCCGAUAAUGAACACGUGCAAAUACUCUAAACUUAUUAAGUAUUCCGUACUUCAGUAAUGCUACUAUUGUGCUUAUACUGUGA